UUUACUGUUGCUUGGAUAUAUUCUUCAAUAUAUUUUGAUAUUUUUGGGCAUGUCGAUAUAUAUCGGUAUUUCGUUCAAUAUAUCGUUGCAUUCCUAGUGAAAAAGAUAAUAAAGCCGAGGUUGUUAAACAAGAUUAAAACUGUCAUUUUGAAGAUCAAAACUUGGAUCACUUAAUAUUAGAAUGCCCAGGAUUUAAUUUAGAACGAAACAUCUUUUUGGAUAAACUUUUAGUAAUAUACAAAUCACCUGACAAAGUUCCGCGCUCCAUUCAAGCAAUGCACAUAUAUUUAAAUACUUGAAAGCAAUAAGACAUGCUUUAUUAAUAAAUUAGAAUACUUCAAUACUAAGGACAAGGCUGCAUGGUCAUCAAAUCUUUGCCUCAAAAGAAAAAAAAUAUAUACUUCUUUUUGUAAUUAAAAAUAAAUGAAAAUCAGAGAGAACAGUAAUAAUAAUAAGAUUAUAACACAGAGUACAUUAGGAAAGAUUAUAAGCUCUAUUUUAUAACAUUUUCUUAGCUGCUUCCUUGGUGAUCUCUAGCUAAUGCUAUAUAUUAUUAGUAAUAAAAUCAAUUUCAUGUUCUUUAGAACUUAGUAUCUCAUCAAGAGCGAUGGACUACGAUUAUCUGAUUAAGUUGUUAUGUGUUGGGGAUUCUGGUGUUGGAAAAACGAGCUUCCUUUAUAAAUAUACCGAUGGAGUUUUUCAUACUCAGUUUAUUUCGACUGUUGGUAUAGACUUUAGAGAAAAAACAGUGAUUUAUCAGCAAAAUGGGAGACAACAUCGUAUUCACUUGCAACUAUGGGAUACUGCAGGACAAGAACGAUUUAGAAGUUUGACAACAGCUUUUUAUCGUGAUGCAAUGGGCUUUCUUCUAUUGUUUGAUUUGACAAAUGAAGCUUCAUUCCUUGAAGUGAGAAAUUGGAUUGAGCAACUAAAGACUCACAGCUUAAGUGAUGACCCUGAUAUAGUUCUCUGUGGCCAUAAAUGUGAUCUUCAAGAAAAGAGGCUUGUCAAUCAGAACCGUGCUCGGGAAUUUGCUAAGAACUACAAUUUACCCUAUUUGGAGACCAGUGCCAAGACUGGGCAGAACAUUGACCGAGCUAUUGAAAUUCUUCUAGACAAAGUCAUGUACAGAAUGGAGACAUCUGUUGAAUAUGCAAUGCUUUGUGCAUCAGGACGACGUCGGCAAUCUCUGCAGAGAUUACAAGCAAAGCAAGAUCAUAAACUUUGCUCCUGUUGAAUAAUGUAUUCUUGCUAUCUGUGAUUCAUGAUUAUACAUACCUACCAGCUUUACUCUUCUACAACUCUUUAUAAAAAGUGGUAGUUUUUCUUAUUUAUUAUGACUUGUAUUUUAAAACUUGAAUCGAUUUUCGAAAGUAUUUACUAAUUAUGAUAAGAUUUCGGAACCAAAAUUUUUUACUUAAGGCGUAGGGUGCAACUGCCUAAUUCCACUUUCUUUUAAAAUCCAUUAUCAUCAUUUAUUCAUUCUUAUCAAAGUACAUGUAAAACUAGUAAUAUGAAACUAUAUAUUACCAUAACAUCAUCAAGAGUUAAACGGUCGCACCCGUAGUCGACGUCAUUUCGAAGACUGAAUUAUUUACAAGCGUUAAAUCUUCCUUACGCUUAGUGUUAUAUCUAGUCAUUUCUUUUUUAAGUUUUAUCUUUAUAUUCUAAGGAACUGAAAGUUGCAGAUGUUUUUCAUGUGAAUUUACGUGAAAGUAGUUAUAUAAUUUGUGAUUAUGUAUGUAGUUCUGAUGCUAGUUCGUUACACACGCACAUGGGUAUUCAUCAUCAGCCGGAAGACGUCCACUGCUGAACCUCCCCCUUUGAACGCCACGACGGACGACAUUGCGCCAGCUGCAUCCAGCGGCCGCCCGCGACUCGGACGAUGUCGUCCGUCCAUCUAGUCGGGGGUCGACCCACGCUGCGUCUUCCGGUUCGUGGUCUCCACUCGAGAACCUUCCGUCCCCAUCGGUUAUCGGUUCGUCGAGCGAUGUGGCCUGACCACUGCCACUUCAGCUUACAAACUUUGCGAGCUAUGUCGGUUUCGGAUCCUAUCGCGCAAAGAAACCCCUAACAUAGCUUUCUCCAUGCCUCGCUGAGCGACUCUGAGCUUCUCUAAGAGGCCAGCAGUUAAGAACCACGUUUCAGUGCCAUAGGUUAUCACUGGCAACACACACUGUUUAUAUACCUUCGUCUUUAGGCAUUGUGGUAUUUUGGACGUGAAGAUAUCGCGUAGCUUCCCGAACGCUGCCCAGCCGAGUUGGAUUCUUCGAGCGACCUCUUUGUCGAAAUUGGAUCUACCUAACUGGAUCGUCUGUCCAAGGUACGAGUAGUGAUCGACAACUUCGAGAUUAUCAGUUUCAAUGACCACCGGUACGGGUGCAACAUGGACAUUCGACAUAAUUUUCGUCUUGUUCAUGUUCAUUUUAAGACCCACCUGUUUGGAAACGAUACUCAGGUCGCUGAGCAUUGUACUGAUGUGCUCCAUCGAUCUUGCCAAGAUGACUAUAUCAUCGGCGAAAUGAAGGUGAGUGAUGUAUUCGCCAUUGAUGUUGAUGCCGUAUUCGAGCUUGAAGACGUCCUCCAAUGCAUUCGUGAACAGUUUCGGAGAAAUGACAUCUCCCUGUCUCACGCCUCUGCGCAAUUGGAUUGGUUUCGUGCUUUCUUCCUGGUAGCGAAUCGACAUUGUGGUGUUGCUAUACAAACGCUUCAACACUUCGACGUACCUGUAGUCGAUUUGGCAUCGCUGGAGGGAAUGCAGUACUGCCCAGGUUUCGAUUGAAUCGAAGGCUUUCUCAUGGUCCACAAACGCUAACCAAAGUGGCGUCAUCUGACACGACCCAGCAGACAAAUUUCUUGCAAACACUUUGGAGCCUUGGUUCCGCUCUAUUGCCACCCUAAUUCGUGUAGUAUUAUAGGAGCGCAGAUCGCGUCACAUCGAUUUGGAAAUUCGUCUGUUAAGUCGACCAUAUUCCGACAUAUCGGUUGAAGGUUGCAGUCUCAUAUCCCUCCGGUCCGCCAUCAACUUGAGCGUUUCGUCUGAGAGCUUUUGAGAUUUUAUACGGCGCGGGGCUUUAUAGAACUUAGACCCCACAGCUUGGAUUGUUUCUACAAACCCGUUGUUUAUUUCGUCCACAGACUCGCAUUCAGCUAGACACUGAAAGGGAUCGUGUAGUUGGAGUUGGAAGGCUUCGGGGUCCACGAUAUGAGCAGCACUAGGACGGAGCGUAGACUUCAUCAGACGUGACCUUUCGAGCUUAACAUUGAUAUUCAAUGUGCCUCUAACGAUUCGGUGAUCGCUACCGGUUUUCACCCUGCUGAUCACGGAGACAUCAUUGAAUAUGUGCUUUCUAGUUGUCAUGAUGAAGUCGAUCUCAUUUUUUGUCGAACCAUCAGGGCUCAUCCAGGUCCACUUCCUGGAGGGUCUCUUCUGGAAGAAGGAGUUCAUCGCAAAGAGUCCCUCCUUCUCCAUGAAAUCGACCAGCUUCUGGCUCCGGUGGUUGCGCCGCCCAUACCCAAAUCGACCCACCCUCAACUCAUCGCCGUUCGAAGCACCCAGCUUCGCGUUAAAGUCCCCCAUUACAACGGUGAAGUAGGUAUUAGUCGUAUGUAUGGCUUCAGAAAUCUCCUCAUACAUAGCCUCUACCUUAUCGUCGGAGUGUGACAUGCGUAUUACUAGUGGCAUGUUUUGAGGUUUGAUGUUUUGGGACUUAUGCCACAGCUUUGCUGCCUCAAACAAGUAAAGCAAAACAGCAAAUACUUGUAAGUAAACUAUAAUCCAGCGGUGCGUGUGUGGGCUAAGAAAAUAAUUUUCACAUUAUCAUUAUUAUCAGAUGGUAAUAAACAAAGAUCAUAGAAAGAUAUGUAUGUACACAGUCUCUUUUAACUAGCAUGGCCUCUGGCUCAAGGGUAGAUACUCUGUUUAUUGUAUGUUUUGUGGGAAGUGUGAUAGCAACUUGAGAUCUGAAAACUGAAAUAACGAAUGUACGAGUAUGUAACAGUACCAGGGACAAAGUGGAUUUAAGUAUUGUUCAUUAAGAAUAGUUAUUCUUUCCAUUUCACUCUUUUUAUGUAACCAGAAUUUUUUAUAUCCAUUCAAAAUUUACUCAUAAAAUCUCAGUUUUUUUUUUGUUGAUUCCCUUUUUAUUUAUUUGUAUGUAUGACAUGUGUUUGCUCUGGUGAAAUAUUUACGACAAAAGAUGUUGUGAAGUAUUAUAAAUGUUUCGUCAAUGUUAACUUUUAGUAAUUACCAGACUUCAUGACAUUCUUCGUAUUAAAACGUGCUGUUUUAAUAUUAUACUCCAAUGUACUUGUUUUAAUUUAUUUUAUACUGUAACAUUUCGCACAUAAUGCAUUAGCGUUAGUGGUCGGUCAGUUUUGACGCCUUGAAUGCGCCUUAUUCCGUAUGCGGUAUGGUCGUAAUUGGUAAUGCAUACCGCGUUUUUGAAUAAUUUUUAAAACUAUUCUUAUUUACGAAAAGACUAUUAUUAUUUUAAGUAAAAACAAAAAAGUGUUUAAGUAGAUAUUUAUUCUUCAUUUUAUUUCUAAAUUAAAUGUCUUGUUGGCCUACUAAAUUGUAUAAUAUAUUGUUAUUGUUGAAUUGUACUGUUUGUAAACUAAGUUUAAUUGCAGCGAAAUUUUGCAUAAAUAGCAUUUAAAUAAGUAUUUAUAAGGCUUGUUUUGACAGAACUAUUGUAUUACUUUUCUAUUGUGAAGUGGUUUGACAUAUUUAUUCUUAUUCGUAAGCAAAAUAACUAUAUUUCAUGAAAUUAUUAAAGUUAAUACACGUCAACAUGAACAGACAAAACAAAUGUAAAAUUUGCCAUAUUUUAAUUGUAAUUUCUUAAAGUAUAACGUAUUCAAAGUUAAAAUAAGAACUGUUGAAUUUUUUCGAGUUUUAAAACUUUAAUAGAUUCUAUAUUAUAUAUAGUUAAGUCUUAUGUACAAAAAUAUCCCAUAUCAAUAUGUGCCAUGUCUUCAGAUACUUUUUCGUUUAGGCUCUAUAAUAUACAAAUAAACUUUUGAUAAUUACGUAUACAUUGAAUGCUUAAUAUUAACAGAUAUGAUUACAGUAUUAUUUACUUAAAAGUUCCUUGACCAAACUAUUGCAUAAUUAUGAUGGUGAAUUUUUACUAUAAGUCAAUUUGCAAACAAAUAUUUAUACUAUUGAAUGUUUUGUGUGUGAUUAUUAAAGUCAAAUUAUUAUU